UUUAAAAUACUAUAAAAGCCUUUUACUUUCGUCAUUCUAUACCACUCAACAUAAUUUCUUUCUCGCAGCAAGUAUUCAAGCAUCUCUACGAACAACAACAAAACAUCAAGGCGCCAUGCUUUUCUGUUUCGACGACGGAUCUGGAGCGAAAAAGGCUUCGACAAAUCCACGUUCGGCUACCACCAUCUUGCCAAUGUUCUUUGCUUCGACUCUCUUUGUUUUUGUGCUGGUUGGACAGGUCAACAGUGAGGAUGUUGGAUUCUUCAAGCACACUCUGAAGGAUGGUCAAGUCACACUCGCUAAUGAUUCCAAGGCUGUCGAAGCAGGAGACGACUACAAUCUUAAAAAUUACACAAGGCUUAAUGGGUCCUGUGAUGUUGAAAUCAAGAACGGAAGCAUUGUGCUCUACUACAAGAGGGAAAACGGAAAGAACAUAAAGGACGAGGGCUGCACUGUG